ACUAUCGAUUGCAGACACUUCCGCCGAGGAUAUGGCAUAUUUGCAAACAAAAGCUAUUUCUCAGGCUGCUAGAGUCAGACGAUUGUACAAGGAGAGUUUAAGAAAUUUACAAGCAUAUUAUAUAGAGAGGCACCUUUACCGCUAUCAUGCUGUGCUGUUGAGGCAACGAUUUGAUGAGAACAAGGAUAUAAAUGAUGUUCGAAAGGCUAAGGAAGUUUUGCAAGCCGGAGAACAUGAAUUAUUUUUGAAAGCGCAUCCUCAACCAAUAAAAUAUCCCGACUCUCCAGGAGGCGUAGCUUACGGAAGGGAACCAUGGGUGCCCGAUUGGUUAAUUGAUCAUUGGCAUCCAUCAGAACGGAAGCAAUAUCCUGAUUAUUUUGCAAAGAGAGAAAAAGCAAAAUUAGAAUAUAUUGAUCGCUGGAAUAAAAAGUAUGGAGUAACAGAAACUCCAGACACUAAAACUUCGGCAUAG